AUGCUGAAGCAGAGAGACUUGGACAAGAACACAACUGGAGCUGCCAUUGCAGGGGGAGCACCUGCCAUGGGGACAGCCACACAGCAAACCCUCAUCACUUUGCUCUCCAUAGCAGCAGUGGCUGCCCAGGCAGAAGACACCUGCCCAGAAGUGAGAAUAGUGGGACUCAGCGGUUCUGAUAAACUCGCCGUUCUCCAAGGCUGCCCUGGGUUUCCUGGUGCCGCAGGACCCAAAGGUGCCCCAGGAGCUGCAGGAAUGAGAGGUGUACAGGGAACACAGGGAAUCCCUGGGAAGGCAGGACCACAGGGACUAAAAGGGGAUAGAGGUGUUGCUGGUCCCCCGGGUCCAAAAGGUGAUAAAGGAUCUCCUGGAGCACCUGGAACACCAGCUAUUUGCACCCUCACGGUUCUCUGGCAUGUUUUCCAGAAAAGGGCAGAUGGAUCCGAGAACUUUUUCCGUGACUGGGAUUCAUACAAAAGAGGGUUCGGCAGCCGGCUGUCAGAAUUCUGGCUGGGGAACGACAAUAUCCACCUGUUAACAUCUCUAGGAAACCAUGAACUCCGCAUUGACCUCAAAGACUUUGAAAACAACAUGCAGUUUGCCAAGUACAAGUCAUUCAAGAUUGCAGGAGAGACGGAGAAAUACAAACUGGUUCUUGGAGAUUUUCUUGGAGGCACUGCAGGUGAUUCACUAACCUGGCACAAGGACAUGCAGUUUUCAACCAGAGACCGUGACAACGACCUGGGUUCAAAUGCUCAAAACUGUGCUGCAAUCUACAAGGGGGCCUGGUGGUACAAGGACUGUCACUGGUCCAACCUGAAUGGGAUGUACUUGGCUGGUGCCCACUCCAGCUUUGCGGAUGGGGUGAACUGGAGGACGGGCAAAGGAUAUAACUAUUCCUACAAACAGUCAGAAAUGAAAUGUAGGCCUGUCUAG